AUGCGAAGGGUCGAGAGCACUGUCGACGUGCUGUACAUCUACCCGGAGGAGGAUCACAACGGCGCUUUCUCCAUGUGCUCCUCGGGCUCCUUUGAGCCCAGUGUUUGUUUCCGUCUUGUGCACAUGGCGCAUCACUACUCCGUGCAUUUUGUGCGUGUGGGAUCCGUGCAGGAAGCCACUGCUUAUGUGAAGUCACUGCCUGCCGAAACGAGGCUUAAGCAUGUAGUCUUCGGUGGGCAUGGCAAUCCAACAUCGCUAGCGUGGGGCGAUGAAGCUGAUGAGAGCGACACGGUCAUGCCUGAGUUGCGCGUUGACGAGCCCGCCACGCGGGAGCUCCUCAGUGUGGUCUAUCCUCAUCUCAUCGUCGACGGCGAGGAGCGCACACGCUCCACAGUUUUCCUGGACGCAUGCCUGAACGGCAAGACGGUGCGCGACAAAAACAUGCUGCUGUUCGUUGCACACCAGCUGGCGGGCACAAAGGUGUUUGCCUCGCAGAUCUCUUUUGACAACAGCCAGUUUGUGCUUGACAACUAUCUGCACUUCAAUGCGCACAUCAUGAGCAACAAGAAGGAUAAGAUGGUCAGCACCCUGCUCCACCCUGGGCUACGGGAGUUGGAGUUCCAUCCGUACCGGGCUUGCAAAAUCAAGCAGUUGGUGGCCUCGGCGCAAACCAUGGAGUCCUGUGCUGAGUCGUGCCAGAAAGCAGGCGAUGGGUGCGAAGCUUUCACCUACUUCCCUGAUGGGAACGCACGCAUCAAUCAGGUCUGCUACCACAGCAAGAGAUGCUCGGGCAUGAAGAGGUCGAAAAAAGGAGCUAUGGUCUUCACUAAAGCGACCGAGGAGGACGAUGACGAGUCGGAUGAAGAUGAUGACUGA